CGCCAUCUUCGCCUUCUCCACCUGUGGCAGUUAUUCCGGGAUGUUCAAGAUUGCUGUGGAGUGCAAGAGCUGGGUGCAGAGCGACCUGAGUAUAGAGGUGGAGUUUGAGUAUCCCUUCAGACUCCACCAGGAGUAUUUUGAUGCGCCCACCUGUAAGUCUGAGUAUAAAGAACGGGUUUUCCUGACUGGCGACUACUCCUCCUCGGCUGAAUUCUUUGUCACCAUCGGCGUCUUCGCCUUCCUGUACUCUAUGGCGGCUCUCACCAUUUACGUCUUCUUCUUUGAAAAGUACAAGGAGAACAACAAGGGCCCACUGAUCGACCUGGGAGUCACCGGAGUGUUUGCCUUCAUGUGGCUGGUGAGUUCGGCAGCCUGGGCCAAAGGUCUGUCCAACGUGAAGACUGCGACCAACCCGGAUGAAGUCAUCACUAUGAUCCACGCCUGUGAAGAGGAUGAGAACAGAUGCCGUGAAGUCCACGACCCGGUUAUGUCUGGAUUGAACACCUCUGUGGCAUUUGGUUUCAUUAACCUGGUCCUGUGGGCGGGAAACCUCUGGUUCAUCUAUAGGGAGACGGGCAUCAUCGCUGACUCCGUGUUGGCUCCGCCUCCUCAGGAGAAACCUGCUGCACCUGACGCCCACGUCAAGCAGGGGGCCAACGAACAAGAAACAUACAGCAACAAACAGGCAGGCUACCCACCUGACUGCAGCCAGGAGGGAUAUCCCCAGGACGUGCAGUACAGUCAGGGUUCCAACCAGCAGGGGGCGCCGACUUCCUUCUCCAAUCACAUGUGAGCUGUGAGGAAGAGGCUUGUGUCUCUGUCACAGGAACCGUCGUAACGAGCCAACAGUGAGCCACCUGCAAUCUACCCACAAUGCAACACUCCAUGGAGAUCGAUGAGGGAAAAGAGGUUUAGAUGUUCACUGUAACAAACUGAUGUAUAAAUGAUUAAUAAAAGCUAACCUGUAACCAGUGACAGUGCUGAUAGGACUUACACACA